AUGGAAUUCCUGAGCGACAAAUUCGGCCUCAAGAGCCCCCCGGCGGCGGCGGGCAAAAGCGGCGAUUUCUACCUGGCUCCCGGAGCUCCUUUGGAGCACGUCAUGGAAGCGCUGGACGGCGGCGAAGCCUUCUACGCUAAAGGCGGAGGCAAAUGCGUGGGUCAGGCUGCUGCCUACGCUCCUCACGGCCGGCUGGACAGGACUUCCCCGGCUAGGGAUGGCUCCGUGAAUUUUGGAAUUACGAAAGUUGAGAGUCAACCACUGCACCCUGAGAUGGGCAGACCGCUGGACACUUGCAGCAAUCUCCGAAUGUCUCCUGUGAAAGGGAUUCCGGAGAAAAGAGAAUUGGAUGAACUUGGUGAUAAGUGUGACAGCAAUGUUUCCAGCAGUAAGAAGAGAAGGCACCGGACCACUUUUACCAGUUUACAGCUGGAAGAACUGGAGAAAGUGUUCCAGAAGACACAUUACCCUGAUGUUUAUGUCAGAGAGCAGUUGGCUCUGAGAACGGAACUCACUGAAGCUCGAGUUCAGGUCUGGUUCCAAAACCGAAGAGCAAAAUGGAGAAAGAGAGAACGUUACGGGCAAAUCCAACAAGCAAAAAGUCAUUUUGCUGCCACAUAUGAUAUAUCUGUUUUACCACGGACUGAUAGCUAUCCCCAGAUUCAGAAUAAUUUGUGGGCAGGAAAUGCAGCUAGCAGUCCGGUGACUUCCUGCAUGCUUCCACGGGAUACUUCCUCUUGUAUGACCCCUUAUUCCCAUUCUCCUCGGACAGAUUCUGGGUACUCUGGCUUUUCAAAUCAUCAGAGCCAGUUCAGUCAUGUUCCCCUUAAUAACUUCUUUACUGACUCUUUACUUUCUGGAACUAAUGGACAUGCGUUUGAAACCAAGCCAGAAUUUGAACGGAGGUCUUCCAGUAUUGCAGUUUUACGAAUGAAAGCCAAAGAACAUACUGCUAAUAUUUCCUGGGCUAUGUAA